UUGUGAUGUGUUAUCUCAGAUUUUUUUCAGUGGUUCAUUUAACUAAAAAAAAAAACAUUCCCUAUGAAACUAGUUGCUAGAUUACUAGUGUCACCACAAGAGAGUUUUUCAGGGACAAGACCUGGUGCCACAUAAUUGUCUCAUGAGCUGAAGAAAUCUGCUGAAUUAGUUUUCACUUUAUUCUUGAAUGAGAAACAUGGCCAGAGGAGAUACAAUAAAUGAUGCACGGACAUUAUUAAAAUACCUGUUGGGAUUCUCCAUACUUAUCCUGCUUAUCUACUUUAACUGCAAAGAUGGGCCACUGCAGCUUAUAACACGUGCAGGUAACAAUGAGUGUCUCAACUCAUCAUUGGUGUGUGGGCCAAAUGCUGACUGUUACAAUUUCAGUGGAAAUUACACAUGCUCUUGUUGGAUUGGAUAUAAUGCUGUAAAGAUGAAUGAAACAGUUAGUGGCAGUAACCCAUGUAUUGGUAACAACGAGUGUCUCAACUCAUUGUUGGUGUGUGGGCCAAACGCAGACUGUUACAAUUACAGUGGAAACUACGCAUGCUCUUGUUGGAGUGGAUAUAAUGUUGCAAAGAUGAAUGAAACAAUUAGUAGCAGUAACCCAUGUACUGAUGUGGAUGAAUGUUUGGUGAGUUCAUCUUUAUGUGGUCCAAACUCAACCUGCAGAAAUAUAAUGGGAGGUUACAAUUGCUCAUGUUUGGCUGGAUUCACUGCAUCAAACUCAAAUCUCACUAUCAGCAUCAAUAACACAUGUAAAGAUGUGGAUGAAUGUGUUGAGAUACCAGAUGUCUGUGGUCCAAACUCAAUCUGCAACAACACUAUUGGGAAUUACAAUUGCUCGUGUAUGAGUGGAUAUAAUGUAACAGACCCAAAUCUCCCUAUUAACAGCAGUAACCAAUGCAGAGGUAACAACGAGUGUCUCAACUCAUCAUUGGUGUGUGGGCCAAACGCUGACUGUUACAAUUUCAGUGGAAAUUACACAUGCUUUUGUUGGAGUGGAUAUAAUGUUGCAAAGAUGAAUGAAACAAUUAGUAGCAGUAACCCAUGUAGGCCUACUGAUGUGGAUGAAUGUCUGGUCAGUUCAUCUUUAUGUGGUCCAAAUUCAACCUGCAGAAACAUAAUGGGAGGUUACAGUUGCUCAUGUUUGGAUGGAUUCACUGCAACAAACUCAAAUCUCACUAUCAGCAUCAAUAACACAUGUAGAGAUGUGGAUGAAUGUGUUGAGAUACCAGAUGUCUGUGGUCCAAACUCAAUCUGCAACAACACUAUUGGGAAUUACAAUUGCUCGUGUAUGAGUGGAUAUAAUGUAACAGACCCAAAUCUCCCUAUUAACAGCAUUAACCAAUGCAGAGGUGACAACGAGUGUCUCAACUCAUUGUUGGUGUGUGGGCCAAACGCUGACUGUUACAAUUUCAGUGGAAACUACACAUGCACUUGUUGGAUUGGAUAUAAUGUUGCAAAGAUGAAUGAAACAAUUAGUAGCAGUAACCCAUGUACUGAUGUGGAUGAAUGUCUGGUCAGUCAAUCUGUUUGUGGUCCAAACUCAACCUGCAGAAAUAUAAUGGGAGGUUACAAUUGCUCAUGUUUGGAUGGAUUCACUGCAUCAAACUCAAAUCUCACUAUCAGAAUCAAUAACACAUGUAGAGAUGUGGAUGAAUGUGUUGAGAUACCAAACGUCUGUGGUCCAAACUCAAUCUGCAACAACACCAUUGGGAAUUACAAUUGCUCGUGUAUGAGUGGAUAUAAUGUAACAGACCCAAAUCUCCCUAUCAACAGCAGUAACCAAUGCAGAGGUGACAACGAGUGUCUCAACUCAUCAUUGGUGUGUGGGCCAAACGCUGACUGUUACAAUUUCAGUGGAAACUACACAUGCUCUUGUUGGAGUGGAUAUAAUGUUGCAAAGAUGAAUGAAACAAUUAGUAGCAGUAACCCAUGUAGGCCUACUGAUGUGGAUGAAUGUCUGGUCAGUUCAUCUUUAUGUGGUCCAAACUCAACCUGCAGAAACAUAAUGGGAGGUUACAAUUGCUCAUGUUUGGAUGGAUUCACUGCAACAAACUCAAAUCUCACUAUCAGCAUCAAUAACACAUGUAGAGAUGUGGAUGAAUGUGUUGAGAUACCAGAUGUCUGUGGUCCAAAAUCAAUCUGCAACAACACUAUUGGGAAUUAUAAUUGCUCGUGCAUGAGUGGAUAUCAUGUAACAGACCCAAAUCUCCCUAUUAACAGCAGUAACCAGUGCAGAGAUAUAAAUGAAUGUCAGGUCAAUCUAUCUAUAUGUGGUCCAAAUUCCACCUGCACAAAUGGUAUUGCAGAUUACAUUUACAUUUUCUUGGUUGGAUUAAGCAAUGCAGCAAUGCCAGAACUCAUCUUUACAAUUAAUAGGACAUGCACAGAUGUCUUUGAAUGUCAGGUUGAUUUAUCCAUACAAGUAUGUGGUCUGGAUUCCACCUGCACAAAUAAUAUUGCAGGUUAUAUUUACAAAUUCUUUGCUGGAUUUACUGCAACAAUGUCAAACCUCACCAUCGGAAUUAAUAAGACAUGCAAAGAUGUGAAUGAAUGUCAGUUAAAUCUAUCCAUAUGUGGUCUGGACUCCACCUGCACAAAUAAUACUGCAGAUUACAUUUACAAUUUCUUGGUUGGAUUUACUACUAUAAUGUCAGAACUCACUAUCGGAAUUAAUAAGACAUGCAAAGAUGUGGAUAAAUGUCAGGUCAGUUUAUCUAUACAGCAAUGUGGUUCGUAUUCCAAAUGCAAAAAUAAUAUUGCAGGUUACAUUUGGUAUGUCUUGGCUGGAUAUAUUGAAUCAGAACUCACCAUCAGAAUUGAUAUGACAUGCAAAGAUGUGGAUGAAUGUCUGGUCAGUUUAUACACAUAUACUGCACCAAAGUUCGAUCUCACCAUCGCAGUUAAUAACACAUGCAAAGUGUCAACAGUAUUACCAACAAUAAGUACAACACCAACAAGAAGUACAACACCAACAAUAACUACAACACCAACCACAACUACUCCAACAACAACUAUUACUACAGCUAUAUCAAAAGUUAUUACUAUGUCAAUGAGAAUAGAUGAAAAUUUUGAUACCAGUCUGACAAGCCCUACUGAUGAGAAGUACAAAUUUUAUGCAAAUAAUAUCAAGUCAGCAAUUGAAAGUAGUUACUCAACCAUGCCAAACUAUAUUAAAGGUUCAGCAAAAGUCACUGGCUUCAGGGCUGGUAGCAUUAUAUCAGACUUCACAAUUAGUUCAACAACUAGCACCCUUGAUUUUGGAACAGCAAACGCACAGGUUUCCAACAUUCUCAAGAAUGCAGGAAUCACAUUAGCUCAGAAUGCUUUUGCUCAAACUGAACAAACAACCUUGUCAACCAUCACUGGUAAAUUAUAUCCUCUGCAAAAGGUGGAGCUGAACUGUGCACCUCCAGAGUCUGUUCAGGGAGAAAUAAAAUGGACAGUGAAUGAGAAAGAUCCUGCAGAUAGCACAAAAUAUUCCAUUGUAAAUAGGACACUCAUUGUGAAUUCUGCCAGUCAAAGUGACAGUGGUAGAUACUCAUGUAUCAUACAAAGGAAUUCAAUACCUUACAUUCUGUGGCAAAACAUUGCUAUUGAACAACUCCCUACUAUCAAUGUGGGUGAGAAUGUACGCUUUUUCCCAUGUGAUGAUUUGACUGUGCAUCUGAGCUGCUGUAUUGAUGCAGCCUACAAUAUUGAGUGGGUCCUGAAUGGUGCAGUGCAAAAUUCAGUGAUAGAGUCAGGCUGUAUCACAUUAAACCAUGGAAUACAGAAGGUAAAUUGUAAGAAUGAAACCUUUACCUGCCGUCUCAAGGAUCUGCCACAACUACUUGACUACAGUUAUAGCAGCAAGAGUGUCACAGUUAAGACAAGCACAGAAAAAUUUGAUUGCAAAAAUGAAUCGCUUGGAUUUGGACAGCAAGGUGCAACUGUGACAGGACCCUGUGGAAAAGGCAAAGAAGGCAGCAUAACUUAUGAAUGUCAAUUGUCGGGUAAUUGGACACAGAUUCAUGAGAACUGUGUGCCUCAAGUUAUCAAAGAACUUGAAAGAAAAUCUAAGUUCUUGGUUGUGGAAGAUAUUCCAGUGUUUUUAGCUAACCUCAGUGAUGCUACAGUGCAGAAUAUUAACGAGAUAACACAGUCUACAGAGACUGUCAAAACAAUCGUUGACAUGCUCUCCAAAAUUGCUGAUAUUUCACAAAACAUUACAAUCAAUAAGCCUGUGAUGAAGAAUUUUCUAAAGACAGUGGAUAACAUUAUAUCAGAUAAAGUCAAAAAUACAUGGCAAAAUUUGACUCUUGUCAACACGACAGAAAACACCAACAUUAAACUCCUGCAAGCUGUUGAGACUAUAAGUGGUCGUCUCUCAAAUGAAGUUUUUACAAUUAAUGAAACAUCCAUUCAGUUGAAUAGAACUCAGAUUAACAAUUCAUUCAGUGGCUCAUCUCAACUACCAAACUCAACAACUCUUAUUGAGAUACCAGAUGUUCCUCAACCGACAGCCAUAACCAUUAUAGUCUUCUCAACCCUUGACAAUGUCCUUCCUACUCGUAAUAUUAAUAAUGAGACUGGCAAAUCUGGUGUCCAGAUCAAUGGAGAUGUGGUUGUGAUUAAGGUUAACGAAACAAUUAACAACAUCUCUUUUACUUUUGACAUUACGAACAAGUCUUUGGGAAUUCCUCAGUGUGUCUUUUGGAACUUUUAUGUCAACGGAUGGGAUUCCACAGGAUGUGAAGUAAGACCCUUGAAUGAAUCGGGCAAAGUUAAAUGUGAAUGCAACCACACAACCUCUUUUUCAAUCCUGAUGUCACCGUUUGCCAUUAAAAUUGAUGCCUUAGCCUAUAUAACUUACAUUGGUGUAGCUAUUUCAAUGGCCAGCUUGAUAUUGUGUCUCAUUAUUGAGAUUAUUGUAUGGAACUCAGUGACAAGAAAUGACACCAGCUACAUGCGGCAUGUCUCCAUAGUCAACAUCGCUGUGUCUCUGCUGAUUGCAGACAUCUGUUUUAUCAUUGGAGCUGCAGUUGCAGAACAAGAGCAGCCUACCUCAGUGGGUCGCUGCAGUCCAGCAGUUUUCUUCAUGCAAUUUUUUUAUCUGGCUCUUUUCUUUUGGAUGUUAAUUUCAGCACUUUUGCUCUUUUACCGCACUGUCAUGGUCUUGUCUCAAAUGUCAAGGCGGAAAAUGAUGGCCAUUGCCUUCAUAGUCGGUUAUGGUGCACCUUUGCUCAUAGCAGUCAUUACUGUUGCAUCGACAGCUGGACCUCAAAAAUAUAUUACAAAGACAAAUGCAUGCUGGCUGAACUGGAAUGAGUCUAAGGCCCUGCUGGCAUUUGUGAUUCCAGCUUUGACUAUUGUGGCCGUCAACCUUCUGGUUUUGAUUGUGGUUCUGUUUAAGAUGUUGAUUAGAGGAGUUGUUGCCACAACACAACCAGAUGAGAAACAUGCCCUAGUGGUCAUUGCCAGAUGUGUAGCCAUUCUGACUCCUAUCUUUGGUCUUACUUGGGGAUUUGGCAUUGGAACCAUGGUGUCAUCUGCCUUAGGCAUUCAUGUGGUGUUUGCAAUCCUAAAUUCAUUGCAGGGAUUCUUUAUUUUGGUGUUUGGAACUCUUUUAGACAGCAAGAUUCGUGAGUCUCUAGCAGGAAAGCUGUCACUAAAGAACAUUAGCUCUAACCGUUCCAGGAGCACUACUGCAGGACCAUCAUCAAGUGGAAUGGGUUUCUUUGAUAGGAUACGGAGGAGAAAAGGGUACAACGUACCUGAUGCCAGCGCUUCCUCAGCAGCUACAUCAUCAAACAACUACAGUGCCUCAAAUACUUUUACGAAUACUUAAUCAACAACUUAAUUAACUACAGACAAAAUCAUUUUAUAAGUGUCCUUCAGUGCAAAUAUAUGUAAACUGCACUUUUUGUCUCUGAUUUCUGAAAAAUGUUUCUAUGAUCUAUAUAAUUCCAAAAGAAAUAGGGUUAUAAUCUGCAGAUUUUAUUUAACAUUGCUACAUUUUUUUAAUAAUGCUAGAAUAGUACAUUAAUUUAUAACAGAACAAAGAUAUCAGUAGGGUCUGAAGCAAUUGUACAGCUUUGUUAAAACUAACUUUUUUAUUAGCUAGAAGAGUUUUUGCUUAAGGAUUUGUUGUCCAAUUUGUUGGUGUAUUACUUCUAUCCUGUUGUUCUAAUCUAUGCCAUCUGAAUUAUAUAUAUAUAUAUAUAUAUAUAUAUAUAUAUAAUUUUUUUUAAAUAUAACAGUUUCACCAAUAAUGGAAUGCCUCUUCAUUCUGAAUUUACUUGGUAGAUGUUUUCUUAAGCUUGACAUUGUAGACUUGCUUGUAUUUUAUUCAUUUGCAUAGCUGCAGAAUUUCUAAGGUCUGACAGUUGCUCCAAUGGUAAACUAGAUGUUAUGUUUCCAUUAUCUUAAUCCACUCAAUAUGAAUGAUAAGCUACAAUAUCUUAUUCAUUUUCAGAGAUCUUUACGAUGUAAAAAAAUAAUUGAAGGUCAUGUAGAUGUUAUCAAUAAAUUUACCUGAUACUU